AUACUAUUGAAGUACAAAGUAGUAAAAGUUCCCUGAACGACAGCUGUUGGCAUUUCGUGGAGGUCAAACGAAGAAAGUCGCGAUUGACAUUGAUUGUUGGCAAAGAACGGACGAGUAGCAAUUCUUCGACUAGAGAGUUCAAGGUACUUAAUCUAAAAAAUCAUUCUAAUGUUAUAUACUUCGGUGGUGGUCCAGCGAGGAAGCUACAUGGAAAGUCAAAAUCAAAAACACUGUCAUUUAACGGCUACCUCCGCAAGUUUCGAUUUGAGGGAAUGGAUGUUCUGGAAAAUGCACUGUCAAACACAAAUGGUUUUUCUUCCACUGAGGUGAAUCGUGUAUCGUCAGUUAACAUUAAUCUGAUAGAUGCAGAGAUGAAUUGUGAGCCUGAUGAUCCUUCGUCAGGAGAUUGCACCAGUGACGAUGAUGACUCAGAAAUGUGUACAACGUCAACACCGACACCUACCGCCGAGCUGACAACAAGAGAGCCUGAGACUUCCGCCCCGUCAAGUGACCCUCCUGGUGGACCAAAUACCCCAACAAAGGCGAAUGCAAAAUUACGCAAUCCGACACCAAGGCCCAGAGGUGUAUCCGCUUGGGUUAUCAUUCUAAUAGUACUCGGAGCAAUGGCUAUCGUUUUCAUUGCGGUGUUUUUACUUUACCGCUGGAAUCAUCGCUAUUCGGGCUCAUUUAAACCCAGUAAAAAUGAAGAGGGACAGACUCAACAGCCAGGGUCGGAUACAGCUGAGCAGCAAUUCCGAACGUACAAUCAACCGGCGUUUUUCGUAUACAAGCCUCCCAAAAAACCUACUGCUGACAGUCCAGUGUCGAUUUAGAACUGUAGUGUAUUAAACGUAGCACGCGGAGCUGAUUGCCAACAUUCUGCAUUGGUAUGAAGUGACGAAUGGUGUCACACUUAAGAAAACAGAGAUAUAUUCCCUUGUAUCCAUAAAAAAAUGGAUGGAUCGACGAUUUUACGGAGAAAUUGUGAACCACAGAGAAAAUUUACACUCAUUUUCUUCAUUCUCAUUCUCUGUCCUCUAGACAGUAGGGAAAUUGGAAGGAAAGCUAAGGCUCUGAUCCGCUAUUGGAGUGAAAGAACUCCCAGCUUCUCUGCAUAAAAUACUGCAACUUUGAGCACCAAAGCCUCACAAAACUCUACAAGAGCAGAAUAUUCCUUAUGUUCUAAUACAAGUAAAAUGGUUGGGAAAUUUGGUAACAUCUAUCAAAGCUUAACCCAAUGACCGCUGAAAGAUUGAAAAGACUUCAUUUAACGAUGUAGCCUGCCAUUUGAAAAUAUGCGUUGUUAUGCUUGCAUUUACAACAAAAGGAAGCAAAACAGAUAAGUACCGGGUCUGUCUACGUGUCAUGAUAAUUUUGUUUGCAUGAAACAUCUCAAAAAUUGUCUGACGACAGAGAGCUUCAGCCGGCUUAUCUCACUGUUCAUGGUGCGGCAAUAAGAUAUUAUUUUUCUCGGUUCCCAUAUUAACUACUGAAACUACCAUUGAAUGUUAAUUAACCGAAUACUUGACAAUUAUUCCACGAGCGCGCGUUGGAUAUGAGAUGAUAGAUAGCCAACGAGGCGCGUAGCGCCGAGUUGGC